AUGGUGAAUGUAGCAAUCGCUGGUGGGACGGGAGGCGUCGGCCGCUCUAUCGUGGACGCGCUCAAGGCCAACGGAGGACAUAAUGUCACCAUCUUAUCACGAAAGGUAUCUGAAGAUGUCAACGGCUACCCGGUCAUUGCCGUUGACUACGAUGAUAUCGACGGGCUCCGCACCACUCUAGAGCAACACCGAAUCCAUACGGUCAUCUCCGCCCUUGCGAUGCAUAUCAUCGGCGUAGGCAAGUCCCAGCUAAAUCUCAUUGAAGCCGCCGACAAGAGCAUGUUCACCAAGCGCUUUGUCGUGAGCAACUGGGCUGUUCGACCGAACUUUCAGUAUAUGGAUCUUCUCCCUCAUGGCUUUCAGCACAUCACCUGCUAUGAAGCAUUGCCCAAGACGUCUUUGGAAUGGACAGCCUUUAAUUGCGGCUGGUUCUUGGAGUACUACGCCAUGCCGAAUGUAGAGACAUAUAUUCCGCAGACGACCUUUGUCGUCGACAUGGCUGGUCUCCAAGCUGCAAUUCCAGGUGAUGGCAAGCAGAAGAUGACAUUCACGUAUACCAAAGACGCAGCAAGAUUUGUCGUCGCAGCAUUGGGCUUGCCGAAAUGGGAGCAGAACACGUAUAUCAUUGGAGACAAGAUGACGUGGGAGGAGUUCGUACAGGUCGCUGAGAGAGCUCGAGGUAGGACUUGGACCGCACAUUUGAUUUCGCUGAAAACGGGUACUGACAAAUCCCUUGUGAAAGGCAAAAAGUUCACAGUAACCUACGACAGCGUUGAGGAGCUCAAAGCCGGCAAGAUCACCGAGCUUCCGGGGCAGAUCGCUGCGUAUCCCUACUUCCGCAAGGAAUGGGUCCAGCGCCUGUUCUCUGUGUUCGGGUUUUGGGUCACGGAGGGAUUGUUUGACUUGCCAGAUGACAAGGCCCUGCAUAACGUGUUUCCAGACAUCAGGGCCACAACAAUCGAGGAGAUGCUUACCCAGGCAUGGAAGGGGCAAUAG